AGGAGGAGGAGGAGGAGGAGGAGAAGGAGGGAGAAAGAGAAAAUAGGCCGAAUGGGAGCAUGAACGGAACGAGAGAGAGAGCGAAAUCCCCGAGCAUCCCCUUUUCGCGAAGGAACAGGGACCUCGACGGCGUAAUGGCAGGACCGACUACGGGGGUGGCGGCCGGAGAGAGAAGGUAUUGCGGGGGUGGGUUUCGUACGGCCAAGGCAGUGGAGCCGCGGACAGUCGCCUCGACGCUACCAUCUCUCUCAGUUGCUCCACGGUUUCCGAACUCGGCGGACAGGCAGGCAGAAAAUGCGCUCCGCAGCCGUGUGCAUCGUUUUCGUGCUGACGUACACGAGUGGAUCGUUUGUUGCAGCUUUGCGAUACAUCGAUCCACAAACGGGAAAUAACGGUGACAUCGGCGACAAACGAUUGGACUUGACCGAGCCGUCGUGCGACGAACUACGCGCCAUGUGGAGAUACACGAAGAGGCAAAGCAGAGCCGCUAAAACCACUAACAGAUAUUCGAUGUAUCCAUACAAUCCCAAUAUAUGGCCGCGUACCGCAGUGUUUCCCGAUCGCAUUAAAUUAUCUAGAGGAUACAUGCGAGAUGUUGUUGCACCUACACGACUGAAAUUACGAGAAGAGUUGGAAGGGAGACACGCCGGACGACCGCGUAGCCGAGCCGCUGGAGGUGCACCGAUUUACGGAAGGAUGGUGCACAAAGCUCCGGCAGGAAGUAGAUGGAGAAAUGCAAUGCGAGGGCCUUCGCGUAUGAGGGUUGUCGAGGACCUCUCACGGCAUUUUGGGACUGUAAAUACGGGACCGUAUACACCCAAUAAUCGUCGUACUAGCUUUCGUGUCGGCGGUGGUAUCUCAUCACAAGUUCCCCAAUCAGGCAGUUUCGAAGCACUCAAAAAUAUCAUCCAGGCUGAGAGAGCACGCGAAUUACAGGAGCAACAUUUAGCCGAAGAGAUGGAAACAAGAGCUUCCGCUUUUAGAGGUGGUAAAGACCUAAUAAACGAAGAGCAACAAUUUAAUAGACAACAAUCGCGAAAACAAUUCUCCAGCCCAUUGCCACUAUUAGAAAUAUCACCAAAAGUCAAUUAUGAUUACAAUCAGCGGCGUUACAACAACCCGCCUAACAUUGGUCAAGCUUGGUCGAGGAGCGGACCUCUCACGCGAGAAUACACAUUACCUUAGUAUGCUGCGAAUUAUGGCGAGAAAACGGUACAAAUCCGAAAACUGCCGCAUGCAUACUAGUGUUUAUGACUAUUCUGCACGACACAGUUAGCCAGUUGCAGCUGUCAACGAAGUUAUGGCUGCAAGAGUAAGCAACGCUCAUUUUGAAGAUCGCAUGCGUUUUGAAGACCUUAUGACUUCUCUCAAUUUUAGCGCAAACUUUCAAGUCUUUAUGUCAACGAUAAGUAAGUGCACAUCUGAAAUUUUAACCUAAUAUCGACCAAUGACGAAAAACUCUCAACAUCCAGCUACGAAAAAAAGUCCGUACCGAAAAUUUUAAUUUUAAAUGAAUUCUAGACAAGGAAAUAUAUAUCAAAAACAAAUUGAACAGUACCUUUAAAAUUUUUAAACGUACUUCUUUAAUGUAUCAAAAUAUCUCUCACAUGCAUAUCUCUCGCAAAUGGAAUUAAAUAUAAAUAAUAUUAAAUACAUUAAAUAUUAAAUACGUAAAUUAAAUUUUAUUUACAUCAAGUUGGUCUCAUCGACGAUAUGCAUGCGUUUUUUUCAAACUACGCAUACUUGUGCAGUUCAAUACGUCGCAAUGGCAAUGAAACAAAAACUUUUAUAUGAAAUAGCAUAAUUUCGAUUUAAAAUUUUGUUACAUUUAAAAUUGUAAACUCUCAAAUAUUAGAAGAAAAAACAUAAAUGUUACAUUAGAUUUCCCAAAUUUACAAACAAUAUAUAAUUGUUUAUUUGUCAAAGAAGUUCGAAAACAACAAAUUUAUAAAUAUUUAAACAUUUUUUUUAAUGUUAUGAAUUUUCAAAUGUAAAUCUAAAAACUCUCUCUCUCUCUC